AGAAAAAAAUACACAAACAACCACAAGAAAACCACACAACCAAGAUGGCGGUGCAAGAGACAGCAUCUCAACUGUCCAUGGCUCUCAAAGUCCAAGAAUAUCCCACCCUGAAGGUCCCCUACGAGACUCUGAACAAACGUUUCAGGGCGGCUCAGAAGAACAUCGACCGGGAGACGAGUCACGUGACGAUGGUUGUUGCGGAGCUGGAGAAGACGCUGAGCAGUUUCCCAGUGGUGGACUCUGUGGUGUCACUGCUGGAUGGUGUGGUGGAGAAACUCAGCGCCCUGAAGAGGAAGGCUGCCGAGUCCAUCCAAGCAGAAGACGAAAGUGCCAAGCUAUGUAAGCGUCGCAUCGAGCACUUGAAGGAGCACAGCAGCGACCAGCCCGCCUCAGUCAACCUGUGGAAGAAGAAACGCAUGGACCGCAUGAUGGUGGAGCAUCUGCUGCGCUGCGGUUAUUACAACACAGCUGUUAAACUGGCCAGACAGAGCGGUAUAGAGGAUCUGGUGAACAUUGAGAUGUUCCUCACAGCUAAGGAGGUGGAGGAGUCUCUGGAGAGGCAGGAGACGGCCACUUGCCUAGCCUGGUGCCAUGACAAUAAAUCCCGCCUCCGCAAGAUGAAGAGUUGUCUUGAGUUCAGUCUGAGAAUCCAGGAGUUCAUUGAGCUCAUCAGACAAAACAAACGCAUGGAUGCAGUCAGACAUGCAAGGAAGCAUUUCAGCCAAGCAGAAGGUGGACAGCUGGAUGAGGUUCGGCAGGUGAUGGGCAUGCUGGCCUUCCCAUCAGAUACACAUAUCUCCCCAUACAAGGAUCUUUUGGAUCCAGCCCGCUGGAAGAUGCUGAUCCAGCAAUUCCGAUAUGACAACUACAGACUGCACCAGCUAGGAAACAACUCUGUCUUCACUAUCACCCUUCAGGCUGGCCUGUCUGCCAUCAAGACACCUCAGUGCUACAAGGAGGACGGUACCUCUAAGAACCCAGACUGCCCAGUGUGCAGUAAAUCCCUCAACAAGUUAGCCCAGCCGCUACCCAUGGCCCACUGCGCCAACUCCAGACUAGUCUGUAAGAUCUCUGGGGAGGUUAUGAAUGAAAACAACCCUCCAAUGAUGCUUCCUAAUGGAUACGUCUACGGCUACAACUCUCUUCUGUCCAUCCGCCAAGAUGACAAAGUGGUGUGUCCUAGAACCAAAGAAGUCUUCAACUUCUCUCAGGCUGAGAAAGUCUACAUCAUGUGAUCACUCAGAUUAACCCGUCUGAGUAUCAACAUGAUCAAAUAAGGCCCGUCAUUCAUCACCUCUGACCUGGCCUACUGAGAGCCACCUGUGGAGCUGUGAUCCAGUGCCCUUCUCCCCCCCCCCCCAUUCAUACACACCCGACUUUUUCCACAACAACCCCCCCAAUACAUGAUCGGCUCAAGUUUUCCAGUUCCACCAACCCCCUCUGGUUUUAUCACACAGACACUGGACUCCCCUCCUUUCAGACUCUGUUUUAGAUGUGGCUAGAUAAUAAGAAGUUGUUUGGUCUGAUCCAUUCAAGCACAUGGACUAUCAGCGUUGUCAUUAUUUUAAAGGCCCUCACUCUGAACAUUAGAGACUACAGAAAUGGACUGAGGGGGUGAAACACUGCUAGGUAGAUAUUUGAUUUUACUACAUCAAAUAAAAACUUGAGGUUAUUUUGACUUUCUCCUUUCACUAGUGGUGUUCCUUUGUUAUAUAACAUGUGACAGGACUGUGUUAACUCACUCUAUUAACCAGAUUAACACAUUCGAGAGAUUUGGGCAUUUUUUCAAAAACAAACAUGGCUGGCUUUCUGAUCACGUGGUAGCAUCUCAUUCUGUGAUGCAUGCUGUUGACAUCUUGUGUCUUCUAGCCAUGUGUUUUGGGGGGGGGAUAUAUGUUAAAUGUCUCCUUUAACUGCCUAUACUCUUUUGCAUUUCACCCCCCCCCCUUGACUGUGAAACCGGAGCCUGAUUUGGUGCCGCAGUAGGCUCCUUUUUCAAAUGUAAAUAUUAGAUGGGAAUUGAUCAUCCUCAUGUAUAAAGUCAAGGGUUUGGGGACAAGUGAUGACAAGGAAGAUUAAUCUUCUACCAAGAUUGCUGUGUGGACUGAACAAGUCUUUCCUUGGCUGUUUUAACCUGCUAUAGCCCACAGUAUCCUCAAGUUAACUGGUUGUUCAGUACAACUUCUCAUUUCUGAAGAAGAAGUUAGUGUGGUAAUAUUAAUUAUGGUGUAUUUACUACCAUAAUGAAAUUUACACAACAUUCAGAUGAGACAACCAUCUCUUGAUGUUUUGGUUUUUUUAUUAUUAAACAAAUUGUCUUCCUUCUUUGUGCGUGAGAUUUGCCAUUUUCAGUUCUCUUCAACCAAUUUCUCACUUUUUUCUUCUUCAGCUAAGAGUACAUUUCAGUAAACUAUAUAAUGGGUGAUUUUAGUUUGUUUAGCAUAGCCCAAAUAGUUUUAGAUUUCACCAACAGUGAACCAGACAAUAAAAAGGACUGCUGAUAUUUUUUAUAGUCAUGUAUGUAAAAGCUGCUUACAGCACUAACGCUGUAAACGUACACCAACUGCUUCAACAUUACACAUAGCUCCAUGCACAUGCCCACCUUGAUUUGAAAAAUGCAUUAAAAGGCAGGAUCAAAACCUAAACUAGGCUGUUGGUUGAACCGUCCUGCUUUUUCUUGCAAACUCAGAAGGAAUAACUUUAGGUCACCUGAAAACAAGACUCAUCCCCAUCCUCUAGGACUUUGAUAACCUACUGUAGAUGAUGGAUGGACUGUGAUCAGAACAAGAUGGACACAAAUCUGGAAAGUUGACUUCAGUGACAACUAAUGCACAAAUAAACCGUAAAUUGUGACGAUUUCAAGUUUUAUGUUCUACAUGAUCUGGGAGUCUUUUCUUCCAUUUGCUGUUUAUUGACAAACCAAAAGUUGCCUCAUUUGUGUCCAUAAAUGGUUUAGAGCUGUAUCUGUAAAGACACAGAUUGUCCUGUGUGUUUGUGUUGGUAGAAUAGAUAACAAGGGAUUGUUUCAUGAGCAAUAUGUCUCAUAAAGAUUUCAGUGUA